AACACAUUACUCUUAAAAAUACAGAUGUGAGUCAUCGGAAUUCAAUGAGCCCCUCUCAUGCGUCAGCCUCUCUCUGAGCAGAAACUCAAUGUUUUUUUUUUUUGGUCACGGUAGUCUGAUAGUGUUGAACCACCUUUCAAGUACCGAUGGAAAAAGAGCUCUUAUAUAUGCUAUUUACAAUUGUUGGUGGUUUGUUCUUCAUAAAGAAGAGGAAGAUAAUGCAGAUUUUUCCAGAAAGUGUGACAAAACUUUGGAAUGAGUGGGAACUCCGUGUUAUGGUUAUAUUUAGCCUAAUUUUUCAAAUCUUGCUAAUCCUGAUGGGAAAAAGUAGAAAGUAUUCAGCUGCAAUCUGGAUCAGAAUCAUACUAUGGAUCGCCUACUUGUCCGCAGAUUGGGUGGCAACAGUCUCACUGGGUGUACUUUCAAACAAAUCAGGAGAUUUGAAAGGUCACUCUGCGGAGGCAGAUUAUGUAAUAUCGGCGUUUUGGGCUCCAUUUCUUCUCCUGCACCUUGGUGGUCCAGACACCAUUACUGCCUACUCCUUGGAAGACAACGAGUUAUGGCUUAGGCACUUGCUUGGGUUUGCUGUCCAAGUGGGAGUGGCUUUCUAUGUUUUUCUUAGAGCUUGGAUAAGUAGUACUCUUAACUUUCUGGCGAUUCCGAUUUUUAUCGCUGGGAUUAUCAAGUUUGGAGAGAGGGUUUGGAUUCUGAGGUAUACAAGCAGUGAGCAUUUUAUAGACUCGAUGCUUCCAAAUCCUGAUCCUGGACCCAAUUAUGCUAGAUACAUGGAGGAAUACUCUUCAAAGAAAGCUGAGGGGUUCAAGAUUUCAUCAGGGACGGUCAUUGCAGCUCGCACAGAAGCGAAUAAUUCUGAUACUACUGCAAGGGAUGAUACCAAUACAGAGGCAUUCAUUUUAGAGAAGGCUUUGUACUUCUUUCAGAUUUUCAUGCUAUUAUGUGUGGAUCUUAUCCUUAGCUUCCAUGAUGUCUUGAACAGCCAAUCCUUCUUUCAGAACAUAUCUUGUGAUGAAGCUUUCAAAGUGAUUGAGGUUGAGCUAGGAUUCAUGUAUGAUGUGUUCUAUACAAAGGCAGUUGUGGUUUAUUCUUUUGUGUAUGGCUUUCUCACUCGUUUCAGUCUCUGUUGUAUCAGUCUCCGAUGCAUCAGUUUCUUUUCAAUCAUUUCUGCAUUUGUGGCCUUCUUGAUUACUGAAAAGCAGGCAUACUCAACAGUGGAUGUGAUUAUUACUUAUGUAUUAUUAGUUGGAGCUAUCGUCCUAGAGCUUUAUGCAGUAUUUUUACUUCUAUGCUCAGACUGGACAUUGAUAUGGUUGAGUAAGCAUGAGAAUAGGGUGGGAAAAUUCUUGUAUCGAGCCAUUUCAUUAAUUCCAUUGACCAAAAAGCGGAGAUGGUCUAAUACCAUGGCACAGUACGGCCUAAUAAGAUUUUGCCUCAAAGAUAAGCCAGCAAAGCGCAGUUUUAUUCCGAGGGGGUUGUGCAUUUAUAAAUUAUUGGAGAAGCAUCUAUACAAGUAUUCAGUGAAUGUUCCUUCAGAACUGAAGAAGCUGAUCUUUGAGCUGUCCCUAGAGAAAUCAAAGAGGGCCUCAAAUUUCAAGGCUUUCAAAGAAUUAUGUGCUUGUAGGGGCGUUCAGGUGCUUAAACAAGAAAAUGGUCUUGAUCAAAUAAGCAAAGAAAAAAGUAAAAUACUCGAAGAAAGUGUUGAGGUAGAAUUUGAUCAAAGCAUUCUUCUAUGGCAUAUUGCAACUGAUCUUUGUUACCACUUUGAUCAAGGCGAGAAUUCAAACUCUACCAAUGGAACAAAUCGUACAGCUAGCAAGUUGUUGUCGGACUAUAUGUUGUAUCUUUUAGUUAUGUGUCCCUUCAUGCUGCCAAAUGGAAUUGGACUGAUCAGGUUUAGAGACACAUGUGCUGAAGCAAUUGAAUUUUUCAAAGAAAGAAAAUCCAUAUCAAAUGUGAAGAAAGCAUGCACAACGUUACUCAAAGUGAGUACUGAGAUUCCUCCGUCGGAAGUGAAAGGAGACAGAAGCAAGUCAGUGCUAUUUGAUGCUUGUCGGCUCGCUAAAUGUUUGCAAUCUUUGGUAACAGAGGAACAAUGGGAGAAUGACAAGAAGUGGGAGUUGAUAAGUCAUGUGUGGGUGGAAAUGCUAUCAUAUGCUGCAAGUCAGUGUCGAUGGAAUCUUCAUGGUCAGCAGCUUAGGCGAGGAGGAGAGUUGCUCACUCAUGUCUGGCUUCUCCUCGCACAUCUCGGUAUUACUGAACAGUUCCAAAUUUCACAGGGCUAUGCAAGGGCUAAAUUGAUUGUGCAGUGAAAAUUUUCUGUCGUCAAAUUCCAAAAUUGAAGACAAGAAAGCAUGAAUAAAAUCAUUAAUUGUCAUAUUGUACCUUCAA